AUGAGUGGGUUCCAUAGGCGCAGUAAUGACGGUCAUGAAGGGUACUUCUUCAACCCUCAUAUGUCAUUACCCAUCCCGGGCAGCCAUGGGGAGAGCCACGAUUUCGAAGCAGGCUCCUAUCAUUUCCCUCAACAUAACUUCAGUUCAUAUGCAUCUCAUUUCAGCCUGCCCUACAGCCAUACAAGCAUAGCUUCUCACCAUUCACCGGGAGCAUCAAUGCCAUCAAUUCCUGACCAAACGCCCCUACAUCACCCAUCGACGCAGUGUAUGUCACAACCGCGUUAUCUCCAAGGGCCUGCGUACCUCCAUCUCCAUGAAGCAUUAGCCGAAACGGAGCUCGAGAGCCAGGACUCCAGGAAUGAGGACACGAUGCUUUCAGAGCCAAUAACUCCCCACCUAGAAGGCUUUCCAAAUGUCACAGAUUUCGAUAAACUUGUCAAAAGUUAUGUGGACGAUUUAUCUGUGAAAAAGCAAGACAAGGCUCUAAUACACGCCAAAAGGGCGCGAAACAUAAAAACUGUCUUGAUAGACCCGAAGGAUACGGCUAUCGAAUCAGCCCAAUUUCGGUUUUGGGUGAAGAAAAUGUUUAAACUCCAGGUAAUUGGAGGUAACACCUCAGAUUGCAGGCGGAUGAUUUGCCAUGAGGGCAAGCCCGUCGCCGUUAGAGAAAAGCUGUUCAAGAUACUCACAAAAGCACACCAACAAUGUCAACAUGGAGGUCGGGAUAAAACUUCUGCUCAAGUCCGGCAAAUAUACUCAUGGGUUCCCAAAGAGCUGAUAUCCCGUUUUGUGAAAAUAUGCCCGACUUGCCAAAUCCGCCGGGGGGGCACGCGUGUGACACCCCCUAACUCAAGAAGAGGCUCGCCUCCCCUCAAAAUAUCCUCGCGCUCCCCAAAACUUCCCUCGCCACCAGUAUCCAGGCGUCAGUCGGCCAUUGCUGGGCCGGCUUCUCUGGAGAGAACCCAGAUGGAGUGUUUUCACCAGCAAAACAACUGGAUAGACCCGGGUCGCAAGUCUCAUCGGCACGCAAGCUUGAGUAUCGGGCACAUGCGAUCAGUUAGCGGCGGAGUACUUGGUCAGCUUCCAGGGCCGGUUUCCGCAAACUUGAAUCCCUUCCAUAAUGACCUUCCAAUGCCGUCGCUUCAGAUUAAUUAUAACACCGGAUAUUCCAGUACACAGGGAUCAUCCACCCACCGAGAUUUCUCUUGCUGA